GCGUGCACUUUAGACAGCGUUGCUUGAAAUUAAAUAAAGCAAUCUAAGAUAAUUACAUCUUUAAUCGAAUAAUACGACAGUUAUAGAGAAUUUUAAUGUCUUUCCAUGCAUUUUUUUAUCUGUUUAUAUCUACUUCGGGUCAGUCAUGGUCAGUGAAAAAAUAGUAAAGAAAUUUCAAUAGUAUGUUUAAAUUAGCUUAAAGAUUGCCUUAAAUAAUGUCUUCUGCAGAUAUUUCAGUUAAAUCUUUCUGAUGAAGAGAAAAAAAGAAUUGUAUAUGCACACAGAUUAAAACGUCCUGAUGCCAGUUUCCUGUGGGUCUCUUUACACAGAGCCAAACAUUAUCUUUAGUAUCUAAGCAACAAGUUGAUAACGUGAUGCAGCAACGAUUUAAGUGGCUUUCUGAUGAUAUUCUUGUGGAUUCAAGUGGAUCAUACUGCUGCUUGUGCAUACAAAUGGUGCUGAAAUAAUGUCAACAUAUGAUUAACUCUCUAAUUAUUGGAUUGUUUUGAAUGGCCUGCAUCUCGAACGAGAUUUUGCACCUUUAUCUUAGUGGCAGAAGAAUUAACAGUACAUCUUAAUACUCAGUUGGUCUGUAGAUUACUAAAUGUAACGAUAUAUUAAAUGCUCGUAUAUCAGUUUCGGAUUGGGACAAAAUCAGGUGCAUCUAAUCUAAUCUAAAGCAGUUAUAGUCAAGAGAGGAAACUGCAGCAGACUAAUGAAAUAAGAACCCCACCAGUAGAACCUACAAUAACAUGAUAAACAUUAUAGUCUUUAAAAAGUACCAGUAUGUGGUGGAGUGAUAAACUGGAGCAAAUUGUGAUAAAAGAAAAUGACUAAAAUGACGUUAUUUGUAACUGAUCUUACAGCACAGUAAGGUUCUUCAGUGUGUUACUCUGUUUACAAAAUUAUAACUCCUUUAUCUAGGCUGUUCUUAAAAAAAUAAAGACUUUUGAUUGUGUAUCUAUUAUUUGGCAGUUACUUUAGUGAAAAGAACUAUCUUCACAUCAGUGGUACUAACUGAUGAAUUUACUGACAUCAUUGAUGAAUUGUUGCGACCCUCCAACGCCCCUUCAGAUACAAAUGGAUAAUAGUCUAUUAACGUCUGCUUUACAUAUUUCAGUCUCUAAAGGUGCAUUAAGGAUUUUAACUUUAAAGUAUUUGACUCAGUAUGGAUGGACAGGAGAGCGUUGGAUUCUAAUCGUUGUUUUCUUUCGUACUUAAAUGUCUUUCCUGUCGUCAUAGUAACCAUGGCAACUGGAGGAUCAAUUGGGUUAUUUUUGUUGUAGAUUGCCAAAAGGAGAGGACCAUGUUAAAAAAUUAGCGCAGACUCUUCAAACAUGGACUGAUAUUGCCUGGUAACUUCUGUCAUGUCUGUAUGUAAUGCCAGCUCUGUGGAACUAUGUGGCCUGCCUGGACCAACAGAGCCUGAGCUGCAGGUGGUUGAGACUAGUUUAAUUCCUGUUGUGAUAAGGGUGGCUUUAGCUGCCAUCAUGAUCUUCAUGAUCACUAUUGGUUUCUUGGGCAAUUCAAUAGUGUGUUUGAUCGUCUAUCAAAAGCCGGCAAUGCGAUCAGCUAUCAACCUGCUUCUAGCCACGCUAGCCUUUUCAGACAUUAUGCUCUCUCUGCUGUGUAUGCCUUUCACUGCGGUAACUGUGGCCUCCACGGACUGGAGUUUCGGAGUAGGAUUCUGCCGAGCGUCUGUCAUGCUUUACUGGUUCUUUGUUCUGGAGGGUGUCUCCAUCCUGCUCAUCAUCAGCGUGGAUCGUUUUUUCAUCAUCGUGCAGAGGAAGGACAAGUUAACUCCACAUCGUGCCAAAGUUCUGAUCGCAUCCUCAUGGGCUCUCUCCUUUUGUGUGGCACUUCCAUCACUUAUAAGCUGGAGGACAGGUAUCAUCAUAAAACGGGUGCCGCAGUGCAUCCUGGGAUAUAGUGAUUCACUGGCAGAACGGGGUUACAUGGUUCUGUUAGCAGUAGCAGUUUUCUUUGUUCCGUUUGGUGUCAUGCUGUAUUCCUACAUGUGCAUUCUGAACACAGUGCGACGAAACGCGCUGCGCAUCCACACCCAUGUUGCUGAAGACUGUGCAGGGCUUAAGCUGGGUCUUACAGGUCUGCAGCGCCCCCCACAGGUCAACGUGGACAUGAGCUUCAAAACAAGGGCCUUCACCACCAUCCUCAUCCUCUUCAUUGGCUUCUCAGUGUGUUGGUUGCCUCAUACUGUAGUGAGCUUAAUGGCUGUUUUCAGUCGCCGCUUCUACUUCAGUCCAGCAUUUUAUCCAGUCAGCAUAGGGGCUCUGUGGCUCAGUUACCUAAAAGCUGUAUUUAACCCUGUCAUCUACUGCUGGAGGAUCCGCAAAUUUCGUGAAGCCUGUUUAGAUUUCAUGCCCAAGACUUGCAGGCUGUGCCCCAAAGUUCCUGGUCGAAGUCACAGGCGUAUACGACCCAGCAAUAUUUAUAUCUGUAGCAGUGAGACCCAGUCUGCUGUUUAACAUUUGAAUUUUCUAAACUGAAAUGUGGUUACACUUUAAUUUGUUCAUAGUCCAGCUGAAAUGUGUAACACCUUGCAAGUGACUCAGUAAAAAAUGUCACUGACACCUUCGUUUCAACAACACAGAUAGCAUAAAAUAGGAUAUCCUUUACAGUUACUGGUGUGGAUUAUUUAAUCUGUUCAUUUCAGAUGUACUUUUAAGCAAAUAAAUCCCUGACUUUUAAUGUGAUCUAACACUAAAAAGCCACAUCAGAUAAUUAUUUGUCAUACAGUGUAAUACAAGCAAAUGGAAGCCACUUUUAUUCUGUUUUUUAUAAGUUUUUUAUGUUUAGAAAGAAUCACAACAAAUUGAAACCAUGGACAUUGACAAAUAAAGCAUAUGUUGAAAAUUUUGUUAACUGAAUGGAAAUACUCUAAUAAAAUAAUGCAAUAAAGCAA